ACGCAAAUCAGAAAUCAGAAAUCAGAAAUAGAGAAAGAAAUGGAGGGAAAUCGACUGACUUCAAAAACGCACAGUGAUUAUUUACUUCAAAAAAUCAAAGAUUUCACUAAAUCGUUGGUGAGAGAUGUAAGCGUGGGAAAAUCUCCCGCCAUUUUUAUCGAUAAAUUCAGAAAUUACUGCACAAAUCCAGAAGCUAAUUGUUUUUGCAUCUCUGAUUUGCCAAAAGGACAAGAAAUUCUCACUUUAAAGAAAGAAUGUAAUGCUCGUCGAAUAGAUGUAAUGUUAAGAGUAUUAGUCAUUGUUCAGCAACUGUUGCAAGAGAAUAAACAUGGAUCUAAAAGAGAUAUAUAUUAUAUGCAUCCUUCUGUUUUUUCAGAUCAGUCAGUUGUAGACCAGGCAAUCAAUGACAUAUGCAUCAUUCUUCAAUGCAGUCGUCACAACCUAAAUGUGGUGUCUGUUGGAACUGGGUUGGUGAUGGGCUGGCUGCGUUUUCUGGAAGCUGGAAGGAAAUUUGAUUGCAUAAACAGUCCCAACAAUGUGCAUCCCAUUCCCAUUCAUGUUGAGGAAGUCAAAGAUAUUGUUAGUGUUGCAAAAUACAUACUGGUUGUGGAGAAGGAAUCAGUGUUCCAACGGUUAGCAAAUGACUGGUUCUGCAAUGCACACCGCUGCAUUGUCAUCACUGGAAGAGGCUAUCCGGAUAUUCCUACAAGAAGGUUUCUGCGACUCCUCCUUGAGAAGUUGGGCUUGCCUGUCUAUUGUUUGGUUGAUUGUGAUCCAUAUGGCUUUGAUAUCCUGACUACCUACCGAUUUGGUUCUAUGCUAAUGGCCUAUGAUGCUAAAUUUCUGCGGGUCCCUGAGAUACGCUGGCUUGGAGCUUUUCCCUCCGAUCUUGAGAAAUAUGGCCUUCCUCAACAUUGUCUGCUUCCUUUGACGGAUGAGGAUAGGAGGAGAACUGAAACCAUGUUACUCAGAUGCUACCUGCAAAGGGAAGCACCAGAAUGGAGGCUGGAACUGGAAUCGAUGCUUCAAAGAGGAGUGAAAUUUGAGAUUGAAGCAUUGUCUGUGCACUCACUUUCCUUCUUGUCAGAGCUGUAUAUACCAUCUAAGAUUCAAGAAAAAAGUGUUGAUGUAGUGACAAUGCCUUUGUCAAUUUGCCUUAAUUUCAUCUUGGAAUCAUGGAGCCUAUGUGUCAAACCUGCCCGUAAGUUUGCAAUCUGUCAACAAAAGAUAUUUGGCAAAACUGAUUAUUAAAUUUCUGAAUUUUUCUGUUUUAUUUUAUUGAGGGCUUAAAAUUUUAAUUUACUUUAUUGAGCCUUUAUAUUUUUAUUUUUAUUUUAUUAAGAACUUUUUUAAUACAUGUUUCAUGAGACUUUUGUUUGUUUUAUGGAGUCAUUGUAUUUUUAUUUUUGAUUUUAUUAAAAAAAAAUAUUUAUAUUUUAUGAGAUUUUUAUUUAUUCUACUGAGCUCGUGCACUUCUUUUUUAUAUUUUGAUCAAGGACCGUUAAAUUCUCAAUACAAGUAAAAAUAAGAAUAUAAGAGCUUAAUGAAAUAAAAUAAAAAUAAAAAAUUUAAAAAACUUAAAAUUACCUUUUGCCAAAAUAUUUGGAUAAACAUGUUCUUAAACAGUGGUCAAAAGAAGAGGCCCCAUCUAAUCUCCAUGUCUUCCCAAAUUCUGAAAUCUCUGGUUUCUCUAGUUUGAUUUGUCUGUUCA